AUGCUACACCGUCGACCACCCGGCGGGGGAUCAAGCGCAAGCUCCUCUCCAGCCCCCGCAUCCGCUCCUGGCCCGAGCAACACCGCCUACACGCCUCUUCGCCGACGAGAGUCCGCAGGCCUCUAUCCUACGCCAUCAUCCGCUACGAAGGCGCGAUACCCACUGCCUAGUCCUGGCCUGGGCGGGUACCCGAGCCCUAUCGCCAGCGUUGGCUCGCCAAAUAUGCUCGGGCUGUCAUCGCCGAUCAAUAUCGGGGGGCAGCCUAAUGCGUAUGGAUACUCUGGCGGGGCAGGGGGACAGUACGGAGGCGGCAAUACGUUUGAUCUGUCCUCGGAAGGAGCGGGAAAGGGGAGGGAGGCUGGAGAUAUGAAGGAGGUGAUACUAGGAGGGAUAAGGAGGGCGGUUGAGCGGAGCAGAAGAGGAGUCGCGGACGCUAUGCGCCUGGAUCGAAGUUGGAAUCUGGCUUGGAAAAUGAUCAACCUUCUAUCCCUUCUCCUGCUUUCCUUCUUCUCCAUCGUGGUCUCUCCCUCUCUCGGCCCCGCGCUCUCCGACUCGAGACAUACAAAGGAGAUUGGCAUGUGGUAUAACCUCUUACUGAGCUGGCCGGUCUUUGCCGUCUGUUUCUGGGUCAACUCAAGCUGGGGUCCGCGAAUCUCCCGUCGAGCGCAGACUCUCCUCCACCCAUCGUAUCGACACCAACCCUCUCCCGCCUCCACACCCGUCAAACCCACCUUCUCCACCCCUUCCUCGUUACCAGACCCCUCGGCACUCAUCUCCCCGCUCUUCAAGGGCGUCGCGCGGAUUAUGCUCAUUGCGGACUUUACGCUCAUGUCGCGCUUGAUUUCGAUCAUUCCGGUCGUUGGGAGGGCAUUAGGAUUUGGGUACAUGUGCAUUAUCACGGGUUACUAUUGCUUUGAGUGGACAUUUGCACGUAGGGGCUGGUCCCUCGAUCAUCGGGUCAGCUACGUACAGGAACGUACGGCAUACAUGCUUGCAUUCGGCCUGAUCCCCACCUUCCUCACCUCCCUAUCCACCCCCCUAAUCAACAUGUCAAUCUUCGCCCUUCUCUACCCCUUCUUCGUCAUCCAAGCUCUGGUCUCUCGUCCACCCGGACUUUCCGCUUCAUCCAUCACGUCCCCCGGAUCGUCCUUACCGCCAACGCCGACCGAGCCUUCGAGCGGUGGAGGGGGCAACAACCCAUUCUUUGCUGAGCGAGAUAUGACGAACGGCUGGAGAGGCAGGGUAGGAGCUGGGGUGCCCAUGUUUGUGUUGGCGAGGUAUGGACUGGAGGUUCUGGGGUGGUUUGAGGGCGCCGUCGGGCGGAAGCUCGGCGGAGGGGCCAGAAAGGAGAGAGCAGGGAAACGGCUGGGCUAG